UCCUCCUCCUCCAGCUCUCCCCUUUUUCUCGGUUGCUUUCUUAGGACUUGCCUUCGGACUGCCCGGGCAUUGGGAGAGAGGGGAGCGGGGAAGAGGAAACUUCGUAUCUGUCUGGUCUUCGCUCUCCUCGGAUACUUCAAACGCCGUCGCGGAAACCGCAGGCGCUUCUGGUCUCGAUUAGACGAGGGUCCUUCGCUGCCUUCGCCAGCGCUUUUUUCCUGCUGCUGAGAAAACCCCCUUCCCGGAUUUGCAAGCCCCUGGGGGAGCCUCUGACGGACCCAUCGCUUGUUGCAGCCAGAACGGAGUCCCUUGAUUUACACCCGUCACCCCAGUUACCCCAAAGCCUCAAAUCUUUUCCUUUCUCUGUCUUCCCGCGCGCCUUUUCUUCUCCCUUCCUCCCAACUUCUGAGCUCCCCUCCUUUCCAGUCCCCUCUUAAAUAACAGCCCCCCUCCAGCCAGCCCUUCCCACCAGCAAAGUGACCUACUUGACCUGUCCCCCCCCAUUUUAAAAAGUCAUUGCCUUCAGUUGCCCUCCCUCCUUCCAGAGGAGCAAUCUGUUUCCCCAUAUCCUCUGACGUGUCAGAAGAUAGCCCCCAUAUAGAAGAGCCCCUCCAGCAAACUCCAUCCCACCUCAAACCCCACCUCCAGCUCCUGCCACAGGUGAGAAGAGAAACCUGAGGAUUCCCCUACACCUUCCCAAUACACCUCCCCUCGCCCUAAGACACCACCUGCAAGGAUGGGAGCUAUUUGCCCACUGGCACUGGCACUUUGCCUUCUUGUGGGGUUUCUGUGCCCCUUCAACCCUGCCCAGGUGGAGGCGCAGUCGGUGUUGACCGACCAUGAAAUUGAGGAGUUCUUGAAAGGCUUCCUGGGAGAGGUUGAGGAGGAAGACACAGAAGGUCGGGAGGCUGAGAAAGUGGCCUUGGGUGAGGAGCUUCCUGAAAACCAAGGAAGGCUGGACCCUGCAGAAAGGGGCAAAGCCCCCACAGAACUGGAAGAAGUAACACAGGAGCCAGUGAGACAGAAGCCCAAGAAAGGGAAAAAGGAGAAAGCGCCCAAACCAACCAAGAAGCCUAAAGAGAGGUCUCCCAAGGGUCCUAAGAAGGAGAAGCCCCCCAAGCCCACCAAAAGGCCAAAGGAGAAGCGUCCAAAGGCAACCAAGAAACCUAAGGAGAAAUCUCCCAAAGCCACCAAGAAGCCAUCAGGGGGGAAGAGAACAGAGAAGCCUUCUCCUCCUGUCCAACCAUAUGAGGAAGAGGAGAGGUACCACUUCCCAGAAAGGCCAUUGAGCCCACCACCAGCCAGGGAGGAAGAUGGCUAUGGAGUGCCCGAUUCAUCCCGAUUUCACUCUCCCUAUGGGAGGGAAGAUGAACAUUCACGAGUGAAUGAAGAAGGCGGGGAAUCUCUUUUCCCACAUGAGCCAACAGAACCACGGUGGGAUGAGAAACAGGAUCCAACCAGGCAUCACACUGACUUCUAUGAACCCCCAACUGACCCACAAGAGCCUGGAAGAGAUCAUUGGAGCCACGAGAGCCGGCCAGAGACCCCUGGAAAGGUUGAGCCGCCCACGCUGGAUUACAACGAGCAGAUAGAGCGGGAAGACUACGAGGACUUUGAAUACGUCCGACGUCAGCACAAACCCAGCAAACCACCUAAGAAAAAGAAACCUGAGAGACCGAGGUUGGAGACGGAGGAGGAGGAGAAGCCAAUAGAGAAGCCUGAGGAAUCGCCAACCCCCCCUUUCGGGAGUCAUUACGAAGAUGGGCUAGAGCUGCCAGAUUAUGGAGAUGUGGAUUAUGGGCUUCCACCCCAGAAACCCAAACAAUUCCCCAGCAAAAAAGAGGAGGAAGAUGAGAUGGAGACGGAUGAAGAGAAACUCAGACCAAAGAAGCCGAAAAAGGGUGCCGGCAGCAGCAAGGAAGAGGAAGAGGACGGGGAUGCAGAGGAAGACAAAUGGACAGAGGAGAAAAGCAAAGAACGGAAAGGGAAGCCAAAGAAAACAGGAGGGAAAAAAUGGGAGACAGAUGAGGACGAGUGGACUCCAGAAGAAAAAAUAAAGUGCCCUCCCAUUGGGAUGGAAUCCCAUCGAAUUGAGGACGAUCAGAUUUUAUCUUCCUCCAUGCUGCGUCAUGGCUUAGCAGCCCACCGUGGUCGCCUUAACAUGCAGGCAGGGUCCAACGAGGAUGAUUUUUUUGACGGCGCUUGGUGUGCAGAGGAUGACAGCCGUGUACAGUGGAUUCAGGUGGACACCAGAAGAACCACCAAGUUCACAGGAGUCAUAACCCAGGGCCGUGAUUCUCUCAUCCACGAUGACUUCGUCACCACCUUCCACGUGGGCUUCAGCAAUGACAGCAUGAACUGGCUCAUAUACAGCAAUGGAUAUGAGGAAAUGCUUUUCUAUGGAAAUGUUGACAAGGACACACCAGUGAUGACUGAAUUUCCAGAGCCAAAGGUUGCCCGCUUCAUUCGCAUCUUCCCACUGACUUGGAAUGGUAGUCUUUGCAUGAGGCUGGAAGUUCUGGGCUGCCCUCUCUCAAGCAUCUACAGCUAUUACAGCCUGCAGAACGAAGUGAUGACAUCAGUAGACAACCUGGACUUCCGCCAUCACAACUACAAGGACAUGAGACAGCUUAUGAAGGUGGUGAAUGAAGAGUGUCCCACCAUCACCCGCAUCUACAACAUUGGCAAGAGUUCCCGAGGACUUAAGAUCUACGCCAUGGAGAUCUCUGACAAUCCAGGAGAGCAUGAGCUAGGAGAGCCAGAGUUCCGCUACACAGCGGGAAUCCAUGGCAAUGAGGUUCUGGGUCGGGAGCUGCUGCUCAUGUUGAUGCAGUUUAUGUGCAAGGAAUACAAGGAUGGGAACCCUCGUGUGAGGAACCUGGUGACGGAGACCCGCAUUCACCUCGUCCCCUCGCUCAACCCUGACGGCUAUGAGAUUGCCAGCCAAAUGGGCUCUGAGCUGGGGAACUGGGCCCUGGGGCACUGGAGUGAGGAAGGGUACAAUAUCUUUGAGAACUUCCCUGAUCUCAACAGCGUCCUCUGGGCUGCAGAAGAGAGGAAAUGGGUACCACACAAAGUCCCCAACCACCAUAUCCCCAUCCCUGAGCACUAUCUCGCAGAGGACACUGCAAUGGCAGUGGAGGUGAAAGCCAUCAUGGCCUGGAUGGAAAAGAACCCUUUUGUCCUUGGCGCCAACUUUCACGGUGGCGAGAAGCUCGUCUCCUAUCCCUAUGACAUGGCUCGCCCCGUCAACGAGAACGAAGUGGCGCCUCCAGUGCUGGAUGAUUAUGAAGAGGAGAACCCGGAAACCAGGGAGACUCCAGACCACGCCAUCUUCCGCUGGCUGGCCAUUUCCUAUGCUUCGGCCCACCUCAGCAUGACCGAUACCUUCCGGGGAGGUUGCCAUUCCCAGGAUAUGACCAACGGGAUGGGGAUCGUCAAUGGCGCCAAGUGGCACCCUCGGGUGGGCACCAUGAAUGAUUUCAGCUACCUCCACACCAACUGCCUGGAGCUGUCCAUCUACCCAGGGUGCGACAAGUUCCCCCAUGAAAGUGAAUUGCCGCAAGAGUGGGAAAACAACAAGGAAUCAUUGCUGACAUUCAUGGAACAGAUACAUCGGGGCCUUAAGGGGACAGUGACAGAUCAGCAGGGAGACCCCAUUGCAAAUGCCUCCAUCUCUGUUGUGGGGAUCAACCAUGACGUGCAAACAGCAAGCGGUGGGGACUACUGGCGCAUCCUGAACCCAGGCGAAUACCGCGUCACAGCCAGAGCGGAGGGCUACAACCCCAGCGUCAAAACCUGCAGCGUCUUUUACGACAUCGGAGCCACCCAGUGCAACUUCAUCCUGUCGCGGUCCAACUGGAAGCGCAUCCGAGAGAUCAUGGCCAUGAAUGGGAACAGGCCCCUUGGAAGACCUAUGCCGGGGGGGCGGCCCAUGACCCAAAGGGAGCGCCUGCGCUGGAGGAUGAGGAUGCGGCAGAGAGCUCGCCUGCGCCAGCAGAUGCGCAACCGCCUGCGCAACGCCGCCACGAGCGCUCCUCCCACGACGAUCCCAACCACAGAGGUCCCCUUCUUGUUCAGCAGCACCACGCUCCCGCCUUGGAGCCGAGAGCCACCCACUGCCGAAACUGCCACCACCUGGGAAACAGAGGUCUACACGGAAACUGUGACUGAGUGGGAGACAGUAGCCGAUGACAUAACAGAGAAGGAGACCUGGGAGGAGACCACGGGCACCGCUUUCCCCAUGACUACGGCAGAGACGUACACCGUGAACUUUGGCGAUUAG